AAACGUUAACGUUGCGUAGUGUUCGUGUGUUUAGCGUCGGCCCCACUCAGUGAUGUUCGCCAUGUCGCGUUCCGUGGCCGGAUUUGCAUUAUAUUUCUAUCUUUGUACCGUCUCAGGUCAGCAGUAUCCCGUCUAUCGCUUGAAAGGUACUCCAACUGACCCAAGCAUUGCUAUCGGUGUUAUAUCUGGCGGCUACUACCCACCUGGCAGUUUCAGUAUUGGUCAUGGAGAUGACAGUGAAAAUGGAGAUGGAGGGCCAGGAGCUGAUUAUGGUGUGAAGAAUGGAGACAGAGGAAAUGGACAAUUUUAUCCCAAUGGAAACACAAGGCCUACACAGACUGAAGGUGGUUAUGUUCACGGUCAAAACGAUAUCAAUAAUUAUGGUGUACAAACUGGUCAGAAUCCUCCCAGAGAUUACAAUGUACCACUCCAGAAUCCCGGACGGAAGCCAACCCAUCCUUACGAUGAUGUUUACUAUCAAAACAACAAUGUGCCCGUCAGGAAUUCGGCACCAAGAAACAGAUUUUUCCCACGUAUCUUAGAUUAUAUUUUUAGUUUUUUUGGAUAGUUCCUUCUAUUUUCGGUGUCUCGUAUUUUUUGGAACAUGAUGAAGAUUAUGUGUUCCCUUAUUAAAACAGCACAUUUAGUCAGUAUUGAGACUUAUCAAAAGUCACGCAUGUACUCGUAUACUAAUGUCUUGUGUGAGCGAGAUGACAGUAAGCUAAAAGUGAUAGUGAGUGAAUAAGACAACACAAGAUAUCCCGUUGUUGUUAUACUCGUAUUUGAACAAUUAAUGUUUCCUUCCAAUUUUUUGUUACUGUGUGGUGUUGAACCUGAUAAUUUCUUUUUGUUUGUUUUUGGCUCC